UCUUUAAAGUCUGUAUCAGUGGACGCGCACUUGUAGUCUGCAGUCGAGUGUCAACCUCAUCAUCGCAAACAUCAGAAGAAUUCAUCUGGAAAAACAGCACUCAGGUCCACUAUUGCUCAACAAUGCUGCACACUUAUUAGGCAAACUUUCAGCGGACUUGAGGAUCAGAGCGAUUUUUUUGAGUCCUUGAAGGAACUAUGAUGCUAAAUUUAUACCAGAGUCACCGUAAAGAGUGAAUAAUCCACCGGCACUACUUCAUCCAGGACCACCGUCUUCCAGCAUGUUCACUGUGACUCUAGUGUUUCUGCUCGUGGGGGAAGUCUUGUCUAGUAGGGACGCAUGUCCCUCGGGAGCUUUUACAACCAGUGGAAAGUGCUGCAAACAAUGCCAGCCUGGGGAAGGGAUGGUGAAGCCCUGCGGAGCGACGCAGACAGUGUGUGAACCGUGUCUUGACAGCGAGACGUUCUCGGAGAACUUCAGCCAUAAAGAGAAGUGCCUGCCUUGCACACAGUGUUCUGAGCUGAUGCGCAUGCUGACGCCCUGCACGGAUGCCAACGAUGCCCUGUGUGUCUGCAACUACGGCUUCUUCUUCAACAAACUGAACGGUCGCUGCGAGGCCUGCACUGUGUGUCCUGUAGGCCAGGGUGUGCAGAUGCCCUGUAAAUUUAACCAUGAUACAGUGUGCGAAGUGUGCGUGGAUGACACGUAUUCAGAUCAGGACACCUCUUUUGACCCCUGCCUGCCAUGCACGGUGUGCGAUCAGCCCGAGAUGGAGGUGAAAAGCUGCACUCCUGUCAGUGACACUGUCUGUCAAGAUUUAGAUGCUCCUAACAGCUCUCCUUCUCCUUCUGCUCCUCCUCCUACUCCAUAUUUCACACCUUCUCCUUCAAUACAUACAUUUUCUUCUCCUGGUCCAUCAGUUGUCUCGUAUACAGAGAAGCUUUCACCUGACAAUCCUACUGAGAGCGUGACCACGGCUGACCCUGGGCUAAAGAGACUCCAUGGGCUGAGCGACAACCUCAUUCCCAUCUACACCUCCAUACUGGCUGCGGUGCUGUUGGGCCUGGUGGCUUUCAUCAUAUUUAAACGGUGGAACAGUUGUAAGCAGAAUAAGCAAGCCAAUAACCGAGCGUGCAGCGCAAACCCCAGUCAGACUCCUUCUCCUGAGGGCGAGAAACUCCACAGUGACAGCGGCAUCUCAGUGGACAGUCAGAGCCUGCAGGACGGCCAGGGGCCUCCACAUACAGUUGUCAAGAUAGAUGGAGGUUCGACUCUGACUUUGCCCUUACACACACGGGAGGAGGUGGAGAAACUGCUAAAUCGUACCUGUGAAGGAGAGGAGUCAGCAGCCAAUGAGGAAACCGACUGGUGCAGCCUAGCCGGGCUACUUGGAUACAAAGAAGAACACAUUGCUAAUUUCAAGCAGGAGGAACGGCCCAUCCAGGCACUUCUGUCGCACUGGGCGAGCCAGGAUUCGGCUAACAUUGAUACGCUUUGCACAGCACUGAAGAAGAUCAACAGAGAGGAUAUUGCGCAAAGCAUCAUUGUCAAACCAACUGCCACAUCUGCUGUAUGAGAAGUCAAACACACACAAAUACACACCUUACAUUGCCUUCCACAUUCACAGUGUUGAUGUACCACUGGUGAAGCUGAUGUAUCAGUAUAUCCUUAAAUUUAGGCUGUAAACUCAAGUUUCACUGAUUAUGGCCAAACUGUGUGCAAAGAAUGCACUGUUUAUUUAAUAUUGUUUGCAUGUUCCUUUAAUUCAAGGAAAGCCAUAUGAACUCGAACAUGGACAUUCAUGUCUUUCCUAAAGAUAUUCAUAAUCGUUGUUUCAUGUUUAACACAUUUCAACCUAACAAACAUGCAAGCCACAUGCCACAUCCAGCUUAACCUACUAAUAAUACUCUAGUAAGUAUACUUUUUUCCUCACUGUUUGUGAUUUCCAUUUCUCUGGCUCUGUAUAGAACAGGAUCUGCUAUCAAACAUCCAUAAAGCAUAUGGUUAUAUGUCAAA